AGGGGGCUUGUCUCCAUCAGACAGUCGUCGUUGUUGUUCGUAAACAGGAGGAAGCAGUGGAUUUUUGUCGACGUUUUCUCAAAUAUUUGGCUGGAUCCUAAAGGCGUUUACGUCGCUUCUCUUUUACCGUCCUACUGAUCGGUCGCUUUGACAACAGCGACUUGAUCCACCACGAAAAGAAAGCCUUUGUUUUUUUUCGUGCAAUUAGGUCGAAAGUGAUGCUGCUGCAGACGGACCCCGAUGUGCGCAAACAGUCACUGGAUGUAAUCUCGUCGCAUUUAAUCGGAAAGAGUAGCUUUUCUAUAAACCGAACGAGUCUCGAAGUGGCGCAUUCUCGACCGAGUGCUUGUAAAAGAUGUUUGAACGCGCACUAAUUGCUCCACUCUAAAUAGGGAAGUAAGAGGACGGUGGAAAAAAAAAUCACAAUAAUAAUAAUAGCAAGCUGGUCUAGCUGCGUACAUUAGCUUGGAGGUGACCUGAGCGACAAACACCACAAAAAAACAAGAGCUAAGAAGACUCAAGAGUGAGAUCAGCGACUUGUGUGGAACGGCUAAUCGGCUUUAUCGUCGAGGAAUAUCGAUUCGAAGGCGAUGAAGUUGUUGGAAAACUCGAUUUUCGAGGCACUCAGCUCAAGGCUGUGUGCUGAAACGGGAGAGUCUCGUAUCCUUGGGAGGAUCGAGAGCUACUCGUGCAAGAUGGCGGGUGACGACAAGCACAUGUUCAAGCAGUUCUGCCAGGACGGCGAGCCGCACAUCCUGGAGGCUCUGUCCCCGCCGCAUGAAAAAAAAUGUCUCCCUUCCUUCAGGCUGGCCAAGAGCGCUGAGGACCUGGAGAGCCCCCUGAGCGACAAGUGCUGCAGGAAGACCAUCUUCUACCUCAUCACCACGCUCAAUGAAUCCUUCAGGCCAGACUACGACUUCAGUGCGGCACGGGCACACGAGUUCAGCCGGGAGCCAAGUCUCAACUGGGUGGCAAACGCGGUCAACAGCAGCUUGUUCUCAGCCGUGGGUGAAGGAUUCAACUCUUUGGGACCCGAGUUGUGGAACGCCAUCGACCAGGAGAUCAACCUGCCCGCAUGUGACAUCUACAGCUACAAUCCUGAUCUGGACUCGGAUCCUUUCGGAGAGGAGGGCAGCCUGUGGUCCUUUAACUAUUUCUUCUACAACAAGAAGCUGAAGAGGAUCGUUUUCCUCACGUGUCGCUACGUCAGUGUCCUGAGCGGCUACGGCGGAGAUGGCCUGGACAGCGACGAGCUGGACAUGGAGCUGGAUGAGGAUGAAGAAGAGGAGCUGGCUGGCUUCACAGAGGACAGGUGCUCCAGAGUUGUGUGCGUCUGAAGUUUCACUGUCCGCUCUCGUGUUUUCCACCCAAAGCAGUUUUCAUGCAUUUUGUAGGACUAAAUGCAUGUCUUUAGAGUUUUGCUGUUCAACAAACGUGCAGGCAACAGACUCCCAGGUCAGAGAAAGUCAACAAAAAAAAAAGGCCGUUUUCUGGGCGAGAACGUUUUGAGCAAUGAACUUUUAUGAAAACUUCAUUUCCUCUUCACUGCUGCUUUUUACGUCACACAUUUUCCUUUGUUUGUCUCAUAUUCCUGUUUUUCUACAUUUGUGUGCACCUGAUUUUCAUGCAGUUUGAAUGUAGAGUGUACCCAAGCUACAUAAUGAUGAUGUACAUCUGUGCUUUCUUUUCAGUGUUCUAAAAUAUUGCUAAUGUGAAUAAACGUCUUUGGUGAGUGUG